AUGGCCAUCAUUAACAUCGAUAUAGUCCCUCAUGGAGGUUAUACGACAGCCAUCCUGUACCGCCUGACCACCACGCAUUUCGCUCGAUCCGAUGCAUCGCCCUACCGAUCCAAACCCGUCCUACCGAUCUCCUUUCAAUUGAGCUUUGUACGGGCGACACAAGUCGGACCAGCCACGUUGAGCGUUCAAGAGGUCAAAUUAGGUGCGCGAACGAGCACCAUCCAAGUAACGCUGUCGCAGGAUGCGGCGUCUACAGGACCGCAAACCAAAGUGGUGGGAUACAUAACGGUUAGUCCCGUGGAGACAGAUCAAAAGGGCCCCGUGGUGAACGGAAAUUCGAUCCUUCAUCCAAACCCCCCCUCAGGUUCAAAACCGGACGGUGGGAUCGACUUCGCGGCCCUGGCGGAAACAGGUAGAGAUGGCGAAUGGACACGAUUCCCCACGAUUCCCGCCAUGGCAGUUUCUCAACAUACGGAGCUCUAUGGCGCCCUGCCAGCCUCCACUGUGCAGGAGCGCAUCAAGACCACAGUGGAUCAGUGGGCGAGAUUUCGCCCCGGUGGCCAGGUUCCUGCCCGAUGGACGAAUGAGGCGUUGAUGUGCUUACUCGAUCUAUUUCCGAUGGCGUUGGAUAGACUUGGUGCGAUGGCAACUUCCGCCUGGACUAGUACAAACGACCCAGAAGACAGACAGGAUCGGUCACCGGGUCCCUUCUGGUUCCCCACGGUUUCUUUCAACGUGGACUUGAAGAAAUCGAUACCAAAUGAGGGAGCUGCCUGGUUACAUAGCCGUGUGGUCACUCAGACUUUGCGCGCUGGACGGGCUGAUCUUAGUGUGGAGAUCUUUGAUGAGAAUGGAGAGUUAAUUGCCAUCAGCUCUCAGGUUUGCAUGGUAGUCGGAUUCGAUCGGAAUUUGAAGAAUGGGAAACGCGCCCGGCCAGCACAAGGGAAAUUGUAA